GGUGGGAAGAUUAGUUCCUUUUUGGUGGAAUUAGAAUCUCUGAUUUACUUGGACUUGAGUAUGAACAAUUUCAGUGGUUCUACUAUUCCAAGUUUCUUUGGUUCUAUGCUGAGUUUGAGAUAUCUCAACCUUUCUUAUGCUUAUUUUAUGGGAUUGAUUCCUCAUCAACUUGGGAAUCUCUCUGGGCUUCGUGUUCUUGAUCUAAAUUCUAAUAAUGAUCAACUUUAUGUUGAUGACCUUAGUUGGAUUGCUAGUCUUCAUUCCUUGGAAUACGUUGACAUGAGUUGGAUCGACCUUGGCAAGGCGGUUGAUUGGCAUAGACAACUGAACAACCUUCCUUCCCUUUCAGAACUACGUUUGUCAAGCUGCAAUCUCCAAGGGCCGAUUUCUCAUCAGCUUGGUAAUCUAUCGAGCCUUCGUCAUCUCGAUCUAGGAUUUAAUUAUGUACUUUAUGCUGAUGAUCUUAGUUGGAUUGCUCGUCUUUGUUCCUUGGAAUACCUUGACAUGAUCGAUGCUGACCUUCACAAGGCAGUCGAUUGGCUUCAAUCGAUAGACACAAGAUUUAGCUACGUGAUCGUAGGCAACAAGCAAAGAGACAUGAAAAGAAUUGGAAGUCAUGGUGGUUGUCUCUUCAAAGAUCUGAAACAAGCUCUAUGUGAACAAAGGUGAGUAGCACAAUUUUAAACAAAGAAAAAGAAGAGCACACUUAAAAGUCACAUUUAUGAACACAUUGACCAAGGAAAUAAUACACAGUAAUCUAUUCGCAUUCAUGCCUGAGUUCAACAAACAAUAAUACAAUAAUAUAUAAGAAAUAUAUCUAACUCAGUUGCGCAUGAAGUGAUAUCAUGCUUUAUCACGAGUCACAUUCAAGCAAUCUGAACCACUGCAGAGUUAUGCUAUGAGUUUGCUUUUAUUUAAUACCUUUCUCAUUUGUUUUUGAACUUUAUUGGAAAUUUAAUUAUUGGAUAACUAAUUAACUCUCAUUACCAAAUAAAGCAAUAUGAGCUUACAUCAUUAUGUAAAAACAUUUUAAGAAUUGGUUUAAGAUUUGUGAAGUUGAACAAAUUAAUUAAGUUUUAACGAUAAUUAUGUUGAAGUAUACAUAAAUAUUCUCUAAUUGGUGACAAAAGGGAGGGAAAUGAGAAGAACGGAAAUAUAGAUAUUCUUCCUUUCUUUUAAUUAUAUCUUUUUCAUAUUCCGAAAAACCUAUUUUUAGAUUCUUUUCACCCAAAAAUAUUAAGGGUCAUGCCACCAUGCAUGUCUCUCAUUGCUUACCACCAUAGUUACUAAAACCACCUAUUACUUAUGGAUAAAUAAAAAUUGGUGUCAAUUAUAUAACUUUACCCGUAACUAAUUCAUGUUCCACUCCAAAAUAAAAAAAAAAUCUAUUUUAAAUCAUUUGACCCAAAACUUGUAUUUUCUAAUUCUAUUUACCUAGAAUUUAAUGAACUGUAUAAUUCUACAUAUUUUACUAAAAGAUUACAUAUAUAUUUAGAUAUGGAAAAGGAGAUCUAUUUUCUUGCUUAGAAAAAAUAUGAUAUUUGCAAAAAUAAAAACUCAACUCUGCUAAAUUUUUUUUUUUUUGUUUUGAAAGGUAAACGUUAAUUGCAUUAGAGUUACUAUAUAAGGCCCCAAACUCCGGCCCAUGUGAGGAAUGAUGACGCAUAUACAAGGCACAAUUCGUCCAAGCCCAAUUCUAAGACAAACAGAUAAUACAAAAAAGUGGCCCAAGCCUAAUCCAUAGUACCAAUUCUGCUACAAACAGAUUUUUCUGACUUAAAUUAUUAUAAUAAAAAAAGGGUGUACCAUUAAAUAUUAUUUAUACUAUAUUUGCAUUUCCAACCAGCUUUUAGACCUAUAUAAAUCUGGUUUUUUUCUUUAAAUUUAUCUGCUAGAUAUAUAUAUAUAUAUUUGAAAAUUAUAUUUUGCAUUCAUUUCGUUAGUUUUUAUUAAUUUUCAUUUUAUACAAAUUUGUUAAAGAGACACUACGAGAAAUAAUGCUUAAUUUUUUUUAUUAUUUUUAUUAUUAUUAUUAUUAUUAUUAUUAUUAUUUUUUACAUAUAUAAUAUUUAUGCCUACAUGUUUUUCUUCUUAAUUUUUUUUAAUAUUUUAAAAUAAUUUUUUUUCUAUAAAAAAAAAUGUAUUCCUUCUACGUGAUUAAUGUGA